GAAUUGUGGGCAGUGAGCAGCAUGAAGGCAUGGCUGGGGUGGAAGGGAGGGGGGGAGUUGAAGCAGUUGCCUUUAGAAGCAUCACAAUGAGCUGAGACUGUCUUCAGUUAUUCUCUCCAAGCAGCCCCAGCUCUCCGCCUGCCUUGGGUGAAGGGGACAAGGUGCUUGGGGGUGGGGAAGGGGGAGAAACACUCAAUGCAGAAACAACAGGGACUUCUCUGGCCUGCAAAUGAUUGAUCUUCCUAUCCCUGAGUCGGAGCCUAUACCAGGAGCCCUCCAAGAGGUUGGUUGCGGACGGACAGAGGGGUCUGGAGAGACAGCUGAGGGUUAACCACCUGAAAGGAUCGAAGAUCUACCUUUAAGGAGACAGCAGAAACCAAGACCCCAGAGGAGAAAAGAGUUCAGCAGUCCUAGGGCCGGAGGGAGGGGCAUGCCCCCAAAGAGAGCGAGGAGGUCAAAGCCACAGGGGCUGAGGGGACUGAGACCUGCCCGAAUUGUCUUCUGAAGACUGUGCCAGGAUGGCUGAGCCGGAGCUGGAGGCAGAAGCGGAGGAUGGGGUGUCAGACACUUCGCCCAUGCUGCCUGGCCCCCGCUCCCUCCGCCUGAAGGUUCCCCACCUUCACCCAGAGCCCCUCGGUCCUGCUGGGCGCUGCCUCUGGGCGCUGAUGCUGGCCACUGCCAACCUGACCCUCCUCUUUCUCCAUCUGCUGCUGCCCACUGCUGUGUUCUCUCUGGCUCUGCUGCCGUCUGCUGCUGUGGUCUAUCUGGGUUUCCACUGUCACUCCAGGGUGCUGCGCUCCGAGUCCCCCCCAUGCCGCGCCCUGCUGGACGAUCGCAGCUCGUCUGCGCUCAUUGUCCUGGGCUUCCUGACGCUGCCCCCUCUGCUGGUGCUGGCCUCAGCUGCCUAUGGGCGUCUGAUCCGCCGUCUGUGCCCGCUGCUGCCGCCGCCGCCCUGGGCCACAGCCUGUGCCCGUGGUUCCUCAACCAAGCCCCAGGGAAGCUGCCUAGAAUCCCAAGGAAGCUGCCUGAAAACCCAGGGCAGGGAGGGCGACAGCCAAGCCCGGGAUUGGGUGUGAGUGAGGCGUGAUCAAAGAGCCCGGACCGGAGGUCCCAGAGACGCUGUGCCCCAAGUUUCUGAACUCCCGGCUCCAGCUCCCCACCACGGCAUCCCAAAGCCAUCUCUCAUUCUCCAUUCCCAGAUGCUGGAGGGUCCCUGUUCCCAGCCCACCUCAAACCCGGUGUCCUGCAGCCUGGAACUCCUAGAGAUACAUGGGCUCUCCCUUGUUCUGGGGGGCCUAAAAUACCUCCUCUCUGGAAAGGACCUAUGAGUCCAUAAUCCAAGACUUCCCCUCACCAGAACACCACCUCCCCCUCAAAUCUUCAGUCUCAAUUCAAAUGUUCCCGCUGAAAACCCCAAAGUUCCCUACCCCCUACCAAAGCCCCCUGCUUCCCAGCAAGGUGCUAGAGGCCUGGGAACCUCAGGAGGUCCAACAGCCCUGCCCUUGAGGCACUCUGAACUCCACUGAUGACCUCACCUUCAACUCCCCCAUGGCCUCAUUCCCCUGAGAUUCUUCCCACAACCCCUACUCACUUGGGUUUCCUGGACCACUUCUGCCUGAGCAGACACAACACCCAGAGUGUCUCCGUCCCUGCCCACUCAGCCCCAGAUUCAGCCCCCUCCAGCCCAGCUGUCCACUUUCCCCCCAAGUUCCAGAUUUCCAGGCCCUCCGUUCAGGAAGCUCGCUUGGGACAUAGGUCCAGUGCCACCUGGACUCUUGGCCUGGAAAGCACCCGAUUAAGCACCUUUGUUUGUCCCUCAAGAGCCUGUUCUUCACUAGCAUGCUCCCUCCCCCACCCACCUUCUUGUUUUCUGCUUUGAGAGCCAAUAAAAUGGAGCCUCAGGACCAACUUUGUGUUCUGGGGGGGAGGCAGGGGAUGGGGAGAACUGCACUCAGUUUCUGGGCCUACCAGCAGUCCUUGGGGGUGGGUGGGCCAUGGAGGAAAAGAAUCAGGACCCCGGGGAGUCAUCCAUCCCUGAUUCCAGACUCUCCACCUCACCCCACAUGCCAUCCUCAAACAGAGAAGGAAAGAUUGGCACAAAACCUUGCUGAUCCCCCUUUUCCCCAUCCCCCAGGUCAGUAAACAGUAAAAUGAAAGCUUCUUGAAGACAAGGACUGGUUUUAAUUCUUAUCUCUGUACUCUUAUCUCCAGGAUAUCUACAAACCACUUAGCACAAUGCCUGGUGCAAGUAAAUAGGGGGAAGGGGGAAAGGGAAUAAGCAUUUAUCUAAUGCCUACUAUGUACCAUGUAGUAUGGGGUAUAUGGGGCAUAUGGGGGAGUGUGGGGGUGAGGGCCUGCCAAGCUGCUUGCUCAUCUACUUUUCGUGUCCACAUGAUUCACCCCAACCCUCACCCAAGGCUCCAAGAAGCUGUAGCAAAUGCAGUGGCCAUACCCUGGUAAACUGUCAUGGCAGAUGAGCUAAACCAGGUUGAGGGUAACUGAUGGGCCACAAAAGUCAUCAGUGAGUUGGGGGUGUCUACCCCAAGCAUGUGAAGACUUCCCCUGUCAAAAUGGGUGGAUGAGGGGCAGCUAGGGUGGUGCAGUGGAUAGAGCACCAGCCCCUGGAGUCAGGAGGACCUGAGUUCAAAUUCAGCCUCAGACACUUGACACUUACUAGCUGUGUGACCCUAGGCAAGUCACUUAACCCCAGUUGCCUCACCAAAAAACAAACAAACAAAAAAGGGCAGAUGAAAAUAGUUUGUUCCAAUGGCUGUGAAGGUGGCUGGAACAGGGGCUGUGGAAUGCCCAGAGCUCCGUUAGCCCUCAAAGACGCCAAGGUCCUCCACUACAUCCCGGGCCAUCACCCCGGUCCUGACUUUGUCCAGCCCCUGGACUUCAAUGAGUCUGGAAGAGGAGAUCGAGGCUGCUGACUUUGUGCUGACUUUGGUGCGCCUCUGCCUCACUUAAAUCCAAUUCACAAACGAUUCAGGAGGUGAUGUCAUCGGUUCUCUCUUCAAAAAUGAUGGACGGACAGGCAACUAUGUGCCAGGAACUUUGCUAAAAUGGUUUGUAGACAUUACAGAUAUCUCAUGUAAUUCUCACAAUAACCUUAUAAUGUAGAUCCUGUUAUUACACCCAUUUUACAGUUGAGGAAACUGAGGCCGACAAUGGUUAAAUGACUUCCCUUGAACUUAUUCAACCCUUGUUAGGUUCAGAUCCUCCGCCGGUUACUGCCUGUGUGACUUUGAAUAAGUCCCUCAACCUCCUUGGCCUUCAGGUUUGUGAUCUAUAAAAAGGGAAGAGAGUGACCAGCUGAUCUCCAUGGUCCCUUCCGGGGACCACUCAAGGACUUUGUGAAGUCAAGGGACUGUCAAACCCAUUGGACAAACACACCAUAGCCUCUAGGAGCCGGAAGGGGCCUCAGAGACCACCUGCUCCAACCAGGACCUAACCAAGAUCCUCCCCUGGCAAGUGGUCAUGCAGCAGCAACUGGAGGACCCCCAGGGAAGGGAGUCCUAGAAUGCUGGGGGUGGGCCACUCCACUGCUAAGCACAUCUUAUGGUUAGGAAGUUCCCACUGACUUAAUAGAAAUCUCUCUGGUUUCCAAUCCGAUCCCAGUCUUACUGUCUGCAGAACAAAUCUAGUCCUUAGGAAAUAUCUAGGUUGUACCAGAUUUCAAGCUCACCUGAUGACUCUUUUUUUGGGGGGGGGAGGAGUGGCAAGGAGAU